CCGGCUGGGCAAGAUGCGGGCGUCGCUGGCGCCAGGUGUCUGGUUCCUCCGCGCCUUUUCCAGAGACAGCUGGUUCCGAGGGUUCAUCCUGCUGCUUACCUUCCUCAUUUAUACCUGUUACCACAUGUCCAGGAAGCCCAUCAGCAUUGUCAAGAGUCGUCUGCACCAGAAUUGUUCUGACCUGAUCAAGCCCAUCAAUGACACCUAUACCUUCAAUGACACCACAUGGUGCAACUGGGCCCCAUUUGAUAAGGACAACUACAAGGAGUUAUUGGGGGCUGUGGACAAUGCCUUUCUUGUGGCCUACGCCAUCGGCAUGUUUAUCAGUGGGAUUUUCGGGGAGCGACUCCCCAUUCGUUAUUACCUGUCUGCCGGAAUGCUGCUCAGUGGCCUUUUCACCUCCCUCUUUGGCAUGGGAUAUUUCUGGAACAUCCACGCGCUCUGGUAUUUUGUGCUCAUACAGAUCUUUAAUGGACUUGUCCAGACAACAGGCUGGCCCUCCGUGGUAACCUGCGUGGGAAACUGGUUUGGGAAGGGCAGGCGAGGAUUCAUCAUGGGCAUCUGGAAUUCCCACACAUCCAUGGGCAACAUUCUGGGUUCCCUGAUUGCGGGCAUCUGGGUGAAUGAACAGUGGGGCUUGUCCUUUGCUGUCCCAGGUGUCAUCACUGCUGCCAUGGGUAUCGUCACGUUCCUCUUUCUCAUUGAAUACCCAGAAGAUGUGGACUGCAUCCCUCCUCAACACCAUCAUGGUGCAGGUGAGGACCAGGUCAACCCUGAGGACCCUGUGAACGAUCCCUACUCAGACAAGGACAGCAGCCUGGAGACUGCUGCCACGAGCUCCAAGGGACCAAGCGCCCAGCCUGCUGCCAUCAGCUUCCUUGGGGCCCUGAGGAUCCCGGGUGUGAUAGAGUUCUCUUUGUGUUUGCUGUUCGCCAAGCUGGUCAGUUACACAUUCCUCUACUGGCUCCCCCUCUACAUCGUCAAUGUGGCUCAUUUUAAUGCCAAGCAGGCCGGGGACCUCUCCACACUCUUCGAUGUUGGUGGUAUCAUAGGUGGCAUCGUGGCUGGACUCAUCUCUGACUACACCAACGGCAGAGCAACCACGUGCUGCAGCAUGCUCAUCUUGGCUGCCCCCAUGAUGUUCCUGUAUAACCACAUUGGCCAGAAGGGGAUAACCAGCUCUGUAGUCAUGCUGAUUGUCUGUGGGGCCCUGGUCAAUGGCCCCUAUGCACUCAUCACUACUGCUGUCUCUGCCGACCUGGGCACUCACCAGAGUCUGAAGGGCAAUGCCAAGGCACUCUCCACCGUCUCAGCCAUCAUCGACGGCACUGGCUCUAUAGGUGCAGCCCUAGGGCCUCUGCUUGCUGGGCUUAUCUCCCCCACGGGCUGGAACAAUGUCUUCUACAUGCUCAUCUCUGCUGAUGUCCUGGCUUGUCUGUUACUCUGCCGUUUAGUGUACAAGGAGAUCCUGGCAUGGAAGGCAUCCCUGAGCGGUGGCAGAGGGUAUAAAGAAAUCUGAAGACCUUGCUGAAGAGACGCAUGAGGACUCCCUGGGGCCCCCGAAAGGGCUUCUUAUGGGGGAAAAGUGGAUACUUCCACAGAUGGGUGAGGCAAAGCCUCUUGAUUCAAUACCAGCUAGGCUGGCCCAGCUCCACCCAGUGGGUGGCUAAGAGUUUAGAAGACUCUCUGUAAGAAGGGGACUGCUAAGCAUGAAGAAAUGGAAGAUUAAAGACCUUGCUCCCUGGGCGCUGCAAGCAAAAGGCCUGGGGCUCAGAGCUAAAUGCCGUGCCCAUCUUGCUCAGACUCUUUCCUGUACAGCUUCCAAGACAGAAGGCAGAGGCUCUAUGUGGCCAAGGACUGAAAGCAGUGGAGCUCUUCUUCCAAGUUAAAUUUAAAUAGCAUGCCAUCAAUCGGCCACGUUAGUGACAGGUGGGUAUCUUGUCCUGCUUCAGGCACUUGGCCGCCUUUCCCUGCUUUCCUCUCUACCAGGCUUCCCCAGAUGGAUGUUCUUUAGCCCGUCACCGGGCCCUCUUUAUGACUCCUUUAUCUACUGUGAUUGAAGUAUUAUUGGUUGUAUCCUUCAGGGUCAGAAACAGGGGGAAGCAAGGCAGCAGCCUAGCGAAUAAAAUGGAAAGAGGCUCUCACGCUCAGGCAUGUGCACAUGCUCACCCCACACUUUCCUGACCAUGGCAAGGAGGACCUCCACUGCCUCACCCUGAGCUCAGCCUUCUGGAGUCAGUGCUGUGCAGAGAGGAUGCUGAUGAGGAAAUUCAAGUGAUUCUUGAGUGACCACCAUGUGCCAGCUUUGCUCUAGAAGUAGAAAACAGGUAUAGAGAUAGGCCGUUCCCUGAGCCAGGGUGACAAAACUGGCAAAUCAAGAAAGAAAGGUUACAUGUGCCCUUGUUUUGAGCUGUCUGUAGUCCCUGUUUCCUAGCUCACGGUCCUGAUGCACUUACUCUGAAAAUAUUUAUUCUGUAAACUCCAAGACCUGGAUUGAUACCUGCCAAGUUGGCUCUUGGUGUUACGCCUGACCCUUCAAGUUGUGUCCCAGCACAAUACAGAUGUCCAUUCUCCA